AUGAGUGUAACGGCUGUGUGGAAUGCGAUUAUCGCCGGUGAUGUCGCAGCAUUGCAGAAAUGCAUCCGUUCCGGUACACCAAACACCAAUAUUGGACAAAGACUCGACAAUCACCGGUGGAACAUACUGCAGCAUGCCGUCAUAACCCGCAAACUUGACUGCGUGAAACUGGUAGUGGAUCAUUUUGCACCGGACCCAACGGUUCCAUGUUACGAGGGCUUGACACCGUUGGCACGUGCCUGUGAGCAAUCUGUCCCACUGGAAAUCGUACAAUAUCUGUUGCUGCUUAACAAACGCAUUAUAAACACGGGGAACAAUGAGCAGAUCACGCCGUUACACUACGCCGUGUCCAAGAAUCGGCUGGAUAUCGUAAAGCUGCUCGUAGCCAAUGGGGCAAAUCCCAAUGCGAUGGACUAUGCAAAUGAAACACCGCUAGAUACGGCUGCUUACGAUACGGGUAACAUUGCGAUACUAAUAUACCUGCUCUUCGUUGCCAAAGCCAAGUGGGGGUCUGUUCCAAAUCGACUUAUCAUAUUUGGUGGCCGAGCGACAUAUCCUGUGAAGAAAAAAAUUGCCUGCUUCAAGAUACUCUUCAAUCAUGAAUACCCGAAGCAUGCAUACCGUCAGCGCUACUACGUAAACGAUGUGCUGGCUGUGGCUCUUAUGAGCAACGGAUCAUCAUCCCUAAUACCGUACUUCAUAGAAACGGAGUUAAAAUGGGAAAAGCGGGUUGAUGUUCGCUCUCUUUACUCACGAUUGAUGAAUCGAUUUCAACUGCUUGCCCUUUCUGUAUUCUCCCAUUGUGGACCCGUGGCUUCGGAAUCUCGGCCAAAAUGCACAAUAAUUUAUAAUAACCACCAAAAGGUUGUAGAUUGUAUCGUAACCAUGACUGGCAAAGGAGUGGAUGAGAUAGUUAGCCACAUCUUGAAAGAAGAGACCAAGCAAGCAUUAUACUUUGAUAAGCAGCUACUAUUGUUGGAUUUACCCCGCGAAUUGUUACUAUAUCUGAGACUUUGUGAUGAGGACUCGUUCAGAUGGGCAGCUUCAUUCAUUUAA